CGGAAACUGCUCACAGGAAGUACCUGUUUUACUCGACCCCUCCAGGCUGUAAAACGGAAAGGUUCGGAAUUUGCCUCUGCGCCGUCUUUUUUUGCCUGUUACCUGUGACGUCCUUGGGUCUCCCUCUGUUACCCAGACUGGAGUACAGUGGUGUGAUGUGGGCUCACUGCAACCUCUGCCUCCCAGGUUCAAGUGAUUCUUGUGCCUCAGCCUCCCGAGUAGCUGGGAUUACAGGAAGCAGAAUCUGAAACUUUCUGAGGAGAGCAUUUGAACUUCAGAUUUCUAACAGCCUCUUUGCAACAAAAUAGACCAGUAGCUGAAGUCAACUGCAAUCCUUCAUGAUGUUUCCCUUGGCCAGAAAUGCACUAAGCAGUCUCAAGAUUCGAAGCAUUCUGCAAAGCAUGGCAAGACAUAGCCAUGUAAAACACUCACCAGAUUUUCAUGAUAAAUAUGGUAAUGCUGUGCUAGCCAGUGGAACCGCUUUCUGUGUUGCUACAUGGGUGUUUACGGCCACUCAGAUUGGAAUAGAAUGGAACCUAUCCCCUGUUGGCAGAGUUACCCCAAAAGAGUGGAAACAUCAGUGACCAUCACAGUUGCUGUAAUGACAGAAUUGUUUAAAAAACCAACUUGUCAUGUAAGCACUCUACUGCUUAUUAAAAUAUAGCACAAUUGAAAAAAUAAAAUGUGUUUUAAAUCUUUAAAAA